AUGGCGCUGGGCCUGGUCGGGACGUUUCUCCUGGUCUCCUGUAUCACUGCCCUGCUCUACCUGAUCGCAUGGAGGGGCAAAAAGAAGCCAGGAAACCUGCCCCCAGGACUCACUCCACUGCCCUUUCUGGGGAAUAUUCUGCAGAUCAACACCAAGGAAAUACCCCGAUCUAUGGUUAAGUUGAGUGAGAAAUAUGGACCGGUGUAUACGCUGCACCUGGGUAGCCACCCGAUCAUCAUGCUCGUUGGGUACGAUGCCGUGAAAGAGGCCUUUAUAGAUCAUGGCGAUACAUUCGGUGACAGGGGGCACUACGGUAAGACACAAAAACAGCGCAUCACCAUUAGGAUUUUCUCAAGCAACGGGGAGCGGUGGAAGGUCAUGCGCCGAUUCGCCCUUAUGAUCUUGAAGAAUUUCGGAAUGGGGAAGAGGAGCAUCGAGGAGAGAAUACAAGAGGAGGCGCAGUGCCUCGCGGAAGCCUUUAGAAAAUACAAGGAUUCCUCUUUUGACCCUGUACGUCUUCUGGGACAGGCCGUCUCCAACAUCAUCUGCUCCGUUGUCUUUGGAGAAAGGUUUGAGUACGAAGAUGAGACUCUUGUGACUCUCCUCGCAAACUUCAGAGAAAUCAAUGAAUCGAUAAACACACUGUCCGGCCAGCUCCUCAAUAUUCUCCCAGGGUUAAUGCGAAGGAUUCCUGGUCCUCACCAGAAAGUAGUCAAAGGUUUUGUACAACUGAAAAAGUAUGUGUCGGACUCUGUGAAAUCGCACCAAGAGACAGCGGACAUCAACUACCCAAGAGACUUCAUAGAUUGUUUCCUCGCACGGAUGGAGGAGGAAAAGAAUAAUCCCAAAACUGAAUUUCACAAUGAGAACUUGCUGGCAGCGGUAGUGGACAUUUUUUUUGCUGGGACGCAUACCACAAGUUUGACCCUGAGAUACGGCUUCCUGAUUCUUCUUAAGUAUCCAGAGAUACAAGAAAAGAUCCAUGAGGAGAUUGACCAAAUCAUCGGCCAAGAUCGCUGUCCGUCAGUUGAAGAUCGGAGUAAAAUGCCCUAUACAGACGCUGUGAUCCACGAAAUUCAGAGAUUUGCUGAUGUUUUCCCUGUCGGAGUGCCACGUGCAACCAGCAGAGACACGACCUUCAGAGGAUAUCACAUCCCCAAGGGCACCUUAAUACUCCCAGUUCUGACCUCAGUUCUGAAAGACCCCAAAUGUUUUAAAAACCCUGGAAAGUUUGAUCCUGGUCACUUUCUGGAUGAGAAUGGACGUUUUAAAAAGAAUGACGCUUUCAUGCCAUUUUCAGCAGGUAAACGUAUGUGCGCGGGGGAAGGGCUGGCUCGUAUGGAGCUCUUCCUCUUCCUCACCACCAUCUUACAAAAGUUCACCCUGAAGCCAACAGUGAAGACAGAAGACAUUGAGAUCACGCCAGAGCCGAACACCAAUAGCUCAAGGCCACGUCCCUACCAGAUGUAUGCCGAGCCACGGUGAACUAGAUUAAUCCAGAACACAAUAUAGCAAAUGGAUCGCAGACUUAAAGACCGAUCUUUAGAGAAAUUAGAAUUUAAACUCAGAAUUUAACCUGAUAUACUUCUAUAUAUUUCUAAAAAUAAAUAAAAUGAAAAA